GUCCCUCCUCGAACUGGUCCUCCCGCGAAAAAAGAUAUCGACGACUUCGAACUGCAGCCUUCCAAGUUCGACCAUCCCGCCCAUCUUCCCUCAACCCGCCCAGCGACAACGUCGACAACUGCGAAGAUGGCUGACUCCGACGCCCCCGUCACCCUGCGAACUCGCAAGUUCAUCCGCAACCCUCUCCUGGGCCGCAAGCAGAUGGUCGUUGACAUCCUGCACCCCAGCCGCCCCAACAUCUCCAAGGACCAGCUCCGUGAGAAGUUGGCCACUCUCUACAAGGCCUCCAAGGACCAGGUCUCCGUCUUCGGUCUCCGCACACAGUUCGGUGGUGGCAAGACCACUGGCUUCGCCCUCAUCUACGACUCCCCCGAGGCCCUGAAGAAGUUCGAGCCUCAGUACAGACUCAUCCGGGUGGGAUUCGCCACCAAGCCCGAGAGAGCGUCGAGACAACAGCGCAAGCAGCGCAAGAACCGCCAGAAGACCCUGCGCGGCACGGCCAAGGUCAAGGGUGCCAAGGCCAAGAAGGAGAAAUAAACGGAUCAUAUUUUGGUGUCGGCUGGUUACUGCAUUUCAUCUGUAUUUGCAUGGAGUCUUUGCAUGGAUGGGUCUAUCAACACAGAGUUCAUCAACACAACCCAUGCUGGAACCGGUGGGCUUUUCAUGAAAUGGGGACACUUUACGAGAGCUCGGCGUAGCUAUCGCACCGCGUUAGGUAGUGACGGCGCGCAAAAACAAAAAACAAAAAUUCAUCUGGCAACGGGCAAACACCAAAGCGAGUAUUUCGGGAGGGCGGCGUGGUGACUGUGACAUGAUGGCGUUUGGUGAUUCGCGCUGACUGGACGU